AUGGCUGCCAUCGCCCCAGCCGGGUCAUGCACAGUCUCUGCUAGGCUGGUUGCGUCGCAACCUCGCCGCAACACUGUCGCCGUCGCAUCGCCCUCCAUCUCAGCCUCCGCUCUCGGUCGCAAGUUCGAUGGCCUGCGACUCUCCGCGUCUCCCGCUUCCAGCGCCACGUCAGCCGGUCUUACCGACUCUCUGAGCCGCGUAGCUUCAACAAGCACCGGGUGUAAAGGCGUGGUUACCAUGGGUAUGGAGGCUGGAGUCGGGGUUUUGGGUAACAAGGUCGGCAUGCUGACGUGGUUCACUGAGGACGGCAAGGCCGUUCCCUGCACGGUGAUUGGCUUCCACGAGGGUAACAUUGUUACGCAAGUGAAGACCUCUGACACUGAUGGUUACAAUGCCGUGCAGGUGGGGUACCGGCGUGUGCGCGAGGGGCGCCUGUCGAAGCCCGAGGCGGGGCACGCGAAGAAGAGCGGCGCGCCGCCGCUGCGCCACCUGCAGGAGUUCCGCCUGCCCGCGGAGACCGUGGCGCAGUUCGCGCCGGGGCAGCAGAUCAAGGUGGAGGAUCUGUUCCAGGCGGGCGACCUUGUGGAUAUCAAGGGCGUCAGCAUCGGCAAAGGAUUCGCUGGUGGCAUCAAGCGGUGGAACUUUGCCCGCGGCCCCAUGACCCACGGUUCCAAGUCGCACCGUCAGCUGGGUUCCAUUGGUGCUGGUACCACUCCCGGUCGCGUUUACCCCGGAAAGAAAAUGCCCGGGCAGCUGGGUAACGCCCAGGUGAAAAUCCGGAAGCUGAAAAUCAUGAAGGUUGACCCUGAGCUCCGGGCGGUUAUUAUUCGGGGGGCUGUGCCCGGGAAGGCCGGAAAUUUGCUGCGCAUCUGCCCGGCAAAGAUUGUUGGGAAGAAUGUGCCCACCAAGUGA